AUGGGUCAUGCCAUCCUGGCUCACAGCAGGGGGAACUGCUUGCUUGGGACCGGGAGUUACUACAAUCAUGAAGGCUGGAGGUAUUCCCAUGCACACAAUGGCAUUCUGGGACCCUUCGGGCAGCUGAUGACUGAGGAGGACAUAAUCCGCAUUGAGAAGCAAAUCGAGAGCCUCCAAGUGAUGCACAAAGUUCAGAAGGUGGAGACGGAGCUGGAACAGCUAGAGCAUGAAAUGCAGCAGCUCCUGCCGCUCUCUGCCGCCUUGGCAAAGGAGCAUUUCACGGCAAACCCCAAGCGCAUGCAAGGCCGAGCCGAUGACCUCCCGGCCUGGUGCAGCAAGAUCUCCACUCUCCUAAAGAGCAUGGCCAUCCUCCUGGCUAUGCUUGGGGGCAAGGCGGUCAACCUGGCAGACAUGGUGAGCCCCGACACGUCCGAGCACACGGGCCAGGCCGCGAGCACCUCGCCCGAGGCAGCACCACUAAAAGAGGGCCCUGCUAACAUCGGGAGAUCACAGUCCUUCAGCUGCACUCGGGAGGAGGUGGAGAAGGAGAUCAUGCAAUGUGGUGUGUCGGUGAAGAACCUGAAGGCCAAUUAUGAGUUGCACACGCUGUGCCAGCUGCCGGAGGCUGUGUCCAGCAGGGUGUACAAGCGGAAGAGGUCCCUGCCUGUGGGAACCAUGCCAUAUAGCUACGGCCGAGAGCCCAUCCUGGAGGAGGAUUAUAUAACGAGCGGUGAUCUGUUCAGUGCGCUAAGCGAAGAUGCUGCAGCGGAUGGCAUCGAGCCACCCAGUAUGCUAGAGCAUGCUCACUUGCCCUACUGCGAAACAGGGCCCCGGCCUUCCAGGGAUACAGAGGCACAAAGUGCGGCCACGGAGCCUUUCGGGGAGGCCCUGUUCAGCCCCGACCACCUGACCAGAAGCCUCCCUGUGCAGACGGAGCUGAGCUGCGUGCAGGAUUACAUCGACAUGCGGAAGGAGCGGAUCGUCUACCUCUUCCUGGAGCACUGGAAGAAGUGGACGUUCACCGAGUCGGUUAGCCACGCUCGCCCCAAGAGGAAAAUGGGUCUCGCCGAAACGCUCGACUCAGAGUUCAGCAAGGAGCCCAAGGCAUAUAGCAGCGCCCCAGUCCCCAUGGCGACCGGGAAGAAACCCAGCGAGGAUGACCGGCUCUUGUACUUCAUGAAGCAAAGGCAGGUGGUGGGGAAGCUGAUCACCCACUGGAGAAGCAUCAUCAGCCAGGUCCCGACACGGCAGAUCCGCCGUCUGAGCCGCACCAACAUGUUGUACUGGCCCGAGCACUUCCUGCCGCACGUCUGUGGCUCCCCAGUGGAGUACGACAGCCUGACGCUGGACCUCUUCAUGCUGGGCUACUUCCAGCUCCUGGAGAUGAGCAUGAGCCGCGAGGAGAGGAAGUUUCGGCACCUUCUGUGCUACGAGAUGUUUGACCGGCUGGGCAGCCACAGCUGGGAGCUCAUCCGCCAGUUCCACAAGGUGGUGAUGGAGGAGAUCGAGGCCGGGAAGCGGGACUGGCUGGAUGGCUUUGAAGAUCUCAAACAGGAGUUCUUUGGGGACAGCCUGGAGCCAGAGCAAGCGGCCGCAGUGGAAACAGAGGUCCCAGCAGGAACCCAGCCUCCACAGCUGCCCGCUCCAGCGCCCGAUGAACUGGGCCUAGCCCCUGCCCCUAAGAGUAGGGAGAGCUCCAUCCAGCUGGUCUCCGAGCUAGGCGAGUUCAGUAAUGAGGACAUUUGUCGCUAUAUAGACCGUAGCUUCUCCUUCUGGAAAGAGAAGGAGGCAGAGAUGUUUGAUAUCUGA